UAGAAACAGAGUAUUUAAAAACAGGGGAGAGAGGCCACCAUUUACACAUCUCUACAGAUACAGAGAGAGUUAACCAUUAGAGAGAAGACAUGAGGCUUUCUCUGCUUCCUUCUUUACUUCUCUCAUUCCUUCUCUUUUUGCUGUUACAGAUGCCCACUUUUGCCACCAAAAAGUCUUAUAUAGUUUACUUGGGAGCGCAUUCACAUGGCCCAGAGCCUACGUCUGUUGAUCUCGAUCGCGUGACAAAUUCCCAUUAUGAUUUUCUGGGAUCUUUCUUGGGAAGCAAUGAGAAGGCAAAGGACGCCAUGUUCUACUCCUAUAACAAGAACAUCAAUGGCUUCGCUGCAAUCCUCGAAGAGGAAGAAGCAGCGGAAAUUGCAAAGCAUCCAAAUGUUAUAUCAGUUUUCUUGAACAAGGGAAGGAAACUGCACACAACCCGGUCAUGGCAUUUCCUUGACUUGGAAAAGAAUGGAGUCAUUCAACCGAAUUCAAUUUGGAAGAAAGCCAGGUUUGGUGAAGAUACAAUUAUCGGAAACCUUGACACAGGUGUUUGGCCUGAAUCAAAGAGCUUUAGUGAUGAGGGAAUGGGACUAGUUCCAUCAAAGUGGCGGGGGACAUGUCAGGAUGAAACCAAAAAUGCUGUUACUUGCAACAGGAAGCUUAUUGGAGCAAGGUACUUCAACAAAGGUUAUGCUGCUUAUGCUGGUCCACUCAACUCCUCCUUCAACUCAGCGCGCGACCAUGAAGGACAUGGCUCCCACACCCUAUCUACUGCUGGGGGUAGCUUAGUUUAUGGAGCAAGUGUGUUUGGUUAUGGUAAUGGUACCGCAAAAGGCGGGUCACCAGGAGCUCGUGUGGCUGCUUACAAGGUGUGCUGGCCCCAAGUCAACAAUGGUGGGUGCUUUGAUGCAGACAUCAUGGCUGCAUUUGAUGCUGCUAUACACGAUGGUGUUGAUGUUCUAUCAGUAUCUCUUGGUGGGGACGCCAGUGAUUAUUUCACAGAUGGUCUUGCAAUUGGUUCUUUCCAUGCUGUUAAGAGGGGCAUUGUUGUAGUUUCCUCUGCUGGAAAUGAUGGGCCAAAGGAUGCGUCGGUAUCAAACGUAUCACCCUGGAUGAUAACGGUUGGUGCUAGUACCAUUGACAGGGAAUUCACAAAUUACGUUGCUCUUGGCAAUAGAAAGCACCUCAAGGGCAUGAGCCUCUCAACCAAAGGCUUGCCAUCAAACAAGUUCUAUCCAGUGAUCAGCAGUUUAGAUGCUAAAGCUGCCAAUGCGUCUGCUCAAGAUGCCAUUCUCUGUAAGCCCGGAACCCUCAACCCAAAGAAGGUGAAGGGGAAGAUCUUGGUCUGCCUUCGAGGGGAAAAUCCAAGAGUUGACAAGGGCGAGCAGGCUGCACUUGCAGGCGCUGUUGGGUUCAUUCUAGCUAAUGAUAUGCAGAGUGGAAAUGAACUCAUAGCCGACCCUCACGUGCUUCCUGCUUCCCAUGUCAACUUCUCUGAUGGUGCAGCUGUCUUUAAUUACAUCAACUCUACCAAGAACCCCAUGGCUUACCUAACCCGUGUGAGGACCCAAUUGGGAAUAAAGCCUGCUCCAUUUAUGGCCUCUUUUUCAUCGAAGGGACCCAACACCAUUACACCAGAAAUUCUCAAGCCUGAUAUAACUGCCCCAGGGGUGAAUAUCAUAGCUGCAUACAGCGAAUCAAUAGGGCCAACUGAUCAAACAUUUGACAAACGUCGAAUUCCUUUCAACGCACAAUCAGGCACAUCCAUGUCCUGCCCUCACAUCUCUGGCAUUGUGGGCCUUCUCAAAACCCUUCACCCUGAUUGGAGCCCUGCAGCUAUCAAAUCCGCAAUCAUGACAAGUGCAAGAACACGAGAUGACAAUAUGGAGCCGAUGCUGAACUCAUCAAACCUUAAAGCAACUCCAUUCAGCUAUGGUGCAGGCCAUGUUAGACCAAACCGGGCCAUGGAUCCUGGACUGGUAUAUGACUCCACUGUUAAUGACUACCUCAACUUCCUAUGUGCCAUUGGGUACAAUGAGACCCAACUUCAAAUAUUCUCACAGAAGCCAUACAAGUGCCCCAAGUCCUUCAGUCUCACAGGCUUCAACUACCCUUCAAUCACAGCUCCUAAUCUCUCAGGCUCAGUUACCAUUUCCAGAACUGUCAAGAAUGUUGGCACUCCCGGCACGUAUACGGCGAGUGUCAAGGCACCACCUGGAAUUUCAGUUGCGGUGAAGCCCAAUAAAUUGGAGUUCAGGGAGUAUGGUGAGGAGAAGAGCUUCCGUCUUACCCUGAAAGCUAAAGGACGUCGGGUGGCUGAGGACUAUGUUUUCGGACGAUUGAUAUGGUCAGAUGGUCAGCACUACGUUAGGAGUUCUAUUGUUGUCAAGGCCUAAGAGUCAGCGUAGGGUUUUAGGAUAUAUUUGUAGUCGUAUUUGUUGAAAUUCUCCUAUAUUUA